CAAAUGCUCCCCAUACGACGUUAAUGAGGGACAAGGCCUGAGCGAAAUAUAUGAGAAUUUUCAAAUCAUCUUCCCUCACUGUCGUCGGAGCAGUGGCUGGGUGAACGUCUAACAAAAUUUGGGUCUCUUCAGGAAUUGUAAACUUUACCGAACUAACAAAAAAAAAAGUAAAUAAAGAAAGAAAAAGACAGUUACAUCCAAUUAAAAACAGUAGAACAAAACAACCCCCCAGUGAAAAAAAAGAAUAUACACUGCAUGUGAAGGGUCGGUUGGCGCCGGGUCCUGUGAGCUGAGGGGGGGAGACGCGUGUGAGUGAGUUCGUCUCUGCGAAAUCUGGUUGGACCGACUUGCCUGUCGUCGUCGCUUCUGUAGCUGAGCCAAAAGCGGCGAGUGUCGUGUCGUACGAACCUUCGGCGCUGCUGCUGGGAGCCGCUUUCAGUUGCAGGCGAGAGGCAUCGCAAGUGUGAGGGAAAAAUAAAAGGGGGAGGAGACUGAGGAUACCGCCAUCAUGUUCGCCUGUUCGCAAAUGUACAGGCGAUUUAGCACCUGCCAGAGCCUUUUAGACAGGAUGAGGGUAGCCAUUAUAGGUCAGUCAACCUUUGCAGGCGAAGUUUACAAGCAACUGGUGAAAGAUGGCCAUAAGGUGGUGGGCGUUUUUACGGUACCAGAUCAGGGAAACCGAGAGGAUCCAUUGGCAACGACGGCUGCUGCUGAUGGUGUGAAAGUGUUCAAGUUCAAAUCCUGGAGGAAGAAAGGCCAGGCUCUACCAGAAGUUCUUGAGCAGUAUCUUUCUGUAGACCCAGAGCUUAAUGUUAUGCCAUUUUGCUCUCAGUUCAUUCCAAUGGAGGUUAUCAACCACCCCAAGAACAAAUCUAUUUGUUAUCAUCCUUCUAUUCUUCCAAGACAUCGUGGUGCUUCCUCCAUAAACUGGACUCUUAUGUGUGGUGAUAAGAAAGGAGGCUUUUCCAUAUUUUGGGCUGAUGAUGGCCUUGACACUGGCCCCAUCCUCCUGCAGCGUGAAGUGGAUGUUGAUCCCAAUGAUACUGUUGACACACUUUACAACAGAUUCAUGUAUCCAGAGGGUAUUAAAGCGAUGGCUGAAGCAGUAACGAUGGUGGCAAAUGGCACUGCCCCCAAGGUAACCCAGCCAGCUGAAGGUGCAACGUAUGAUCCUAUGUUGAACAAAAAGGAACUCUGCAAGAUUGAUUGGAAUCAACCAGCCGAGACCCUUCACAACUUCAUCCGAGGUUUAGAUUCCUCCCCUGGAGCUUGGACUGUCAUAGAUGGACAAGAGGUAAAAUUAUUUGGUUCAAAGCUGUAUACUGGCAGUGCUGUAGAAGGCAGAGAAGUGGCAAUAGAAGGUCUUGGAACAGCUGGUGUUAUUCACAAAGAUGGUUUGCUUCUAACUGGCAGUGAUGGCAAAAAGGUGAAUGUUGCUCGCAUGAGUGUUGAUGGAAAAAUGAUGAACGCAGCUAAAUAUGGCGCUGCUGCAGAGGCUACUGAAGCUGUAGAAUUGACAGCAGAAGAGCAAGGAAUUUCUGACAAAUUGAAAAACACUUGGAAAGCAAUUCUUAACAUUGAAAUCAGUGAUGAUACAGACUUUUUCAAAUCUGGUGCUGGCUCAAUGGAUGUAGUGAGGCUUGUUGAAGAGGUUAAGGAAAUUGCUGGAGUAUCAUUAGAAAAUGAAGAUGUUUACAUGGCUACUACAUUUGCUGAAUUUAUCCAGGUUGUUGUUUUGAAAUUGCGUGGUGGGGAUACCAAGCCAGUCUUUGAAUACGAUGCCAUCAAGAUGCACGUGAACAACAUGGACAUUGAGUAUCCACACCAGUUGUUCAUCAAUGGUCAGUUUGUUAAUGCUACUGGUGGUAAGGUUUUGAAAAGCAUCAACCCAGCAACUGAGGAACUUAUCUGUGAUGUUCAGUGUGCAAGUAAGGAUGAUGUGAACACAGCAGUUGCUGCAGCUAAGAAAGCCUUCUAUGAGGGCCCAUGGGGUAGCAUGAAUGCCAGAGACAGGGGAACGCUUCUUUUUAGACUGGCUGACCUCAUGGAUGAACAUAAGGAAGAGUUGGCAACCAUUGAAAGUAUUGACUCUGGUGCUGUGUACACAUUAGCUCUGAAAACUCAUGUAGGCAUGAGCAUUGACACUUGGCGCUACUUUGCUGGGUGGUGUGACAAGAUCCAUGGUACUACCAUUCCCAUCAAUAAUGCCCGACCAAAUCACAAUCUUUCCAUUACGAAGAGAGAACCAAUUGGUGUGUGUGGUUUAGUAACUCCCUGGAAUUACCCCCUGAUGAUGUUGUCAUGGAAGAUGGCAGCUUGUCUUGCUGCUGGUAACACUGUAGUCAUUAAGCCUGCUCAAGUAUCCCCACUUACAGCCUUGAAAUUUGCAGAACUUACAGUAAAGGCUGGCAUUCCUCCUGGUGUCAUUAAUGUACUUCCUGGAACAGGCAGUCAGUGUGGUCAGGCUAUUGCUGAUCAUCCAGAUAUUCGCAAAUUGGGCUUCACUGGAAGCACAGAAAUUGGUCAGGUUAUCAUGAGGUCUUGUGCUAACAGCAACUUGAAGAAAGUCUCCCUUGAACUUGGUGGAAAAUCUCCGUUUAUCAUAUUUGCUGACUGUGAUUUGGAUAAAGCUGUUCGCUUUGGUAUGAGCAGUGUGUUCUUCAACAAGGGUGAGAACUGUAUUGCCGCUGGAAGGUUGUUUGUUGAAGAAGCUAUUCAUGAUGAAUUUGUCAAGAGAGUUGUGGAAGAAUGUAAGAAAAUGGUUAUUGGUGAUCCUUUGAAUCGUAGUACUGCACAUGGACCCCAGAAUCACAAAGCUCACUUUGACAAGCUUUUAGAAUAUGUGGAUAUUGGUGUUAAAGAAGGAGCUACACUUGUGUAUGGUGGAAAGAAAGUUGAUCGUCCUGGCUUCUUCCUCCACCCUACGGUAUUUACGAAUGUUCAAGAUCACAUGUUCAUUGCAAAAGAAGAAAGCUUUGGCCCCAUAAUGAUUAUUUCCAAAUUUGGAAACGGGGAAGUUGAAGAAGUUGUAAAAAGAGCAAACAAUACCGAGUUUGGUUUAGCAUCUGGAGUGAUGACCAAGGAUAUCAGCAAGGCUCUCCUUGUAUCUGAGAAGCUUGAUGCUGGUACUUGCUUCGUCAACACAUACAACAAGACUGAUGUAGCAGCACCAUUUGGAGGCUUCAAACAGAGUGGCUUUGGAAAGGAUUUAGGUGAAGAAGCAUUGAAUGAAUAUCUUAAAACUAAAACAAUUACCUUCGAGUAUUAAGGCUAUAUGUGUAUAGUAUUUAUUGCUAGAUAUCUUUUUUUAUUUCCUUAUUGCUCAAAUAUGUUACUAGUGUAUCCUAAGAAGAAAAAAAAGUCAUAGGUCAGAUUGAUUAAAAAAUUAAUUAAAAUCUUUUAAUUGCUGUUCUUGAAACUGAGUCUAGGUUGUUGUAAAGUUGGGGAAUUUUAAUGCAAGUAUUUUUAAGUAAAGAUGUCUUAGUGAUUUUUAAAGGGUGUGAAGAACGAAGAUUUGUUUGAUGAUGUCAGGGCAUAUAUUUUUGUAUUAGUACAUGUUACACACACACUUUUAUUCCAGCUUUUGUCUAGAAAAUUUUUUAUUUGCUGCAUAAAUAGCUUACUUAGCUGAUAAACUAGUCUAAAGUGGACAUGGUUUUUUUUUUCUGGGGGUCCCUGCAUUUUUCUGUGCCUUAAAGUCUUUUGAUUGAUAAAUUCAACCUGUUCAAAACUAAAACUUUUCAACAUUUUGUUUCAUGUUAAGGCCAAGCAAAGUUUUGUGGUGAUAGCAGAAAUUUUUUAUUAAAUAAGUGCCCUUUAAAUAUUACAAUUAUAUUAGCAGAUUCAUAGUUAAUUAAAUAAGCACUGAUAGUAGUGAGUGAGUAACUGUAAUUUCAUAUGGGUUGGUUAGUCGAUAUAAGGAAAGUUGUGCCAAAAAUGAGGGAUGUAAUUUUUAUUGGACAUAUUGCACGGUGAUAUUUUUCGGUAUUUUGGAACUUUUGAGGGAUGGUCUGCCCAUUUUGAAAAGCUAGGUUAUUUCGUGUAAUUAAUAAAGUAUUGGGUUCUUUUAAAGUAAUAAUUUAUAGUCUUGUAUUAUAAAUUUGGAAGCUGUGUCUUAUUAGAAAAAUACCAGGCUCAAAAGGUGCAAGAAUUUUUAUAUGUACAGUAUGAUACUGAAUGAGUUUUUAAUACACUUGAGAUUUAAUUAUAGGUGAUGAGAAUUGCGUGAAGUGGAUGUAAAUUUUCAAAAUGAAAAGCUUGUGAUAUGAAUGUCAUCUUAAUUAUAGGUAUGCAUGGGAAGUAUAAUAGAAGGUUUGUGUAAGACUAGAACUUCAGCCACAUAUAGAAAAAGCUUGAGACAUUUUAUUAAAGAAGGUUUGUCAUCUUGGUGACUUGCUAUUUGUAGUCAAGCUACAAAUCCAUUAUUUUGUGAACCAAGACUGAUAAAUUGAGGGUCUUUACUCUGUUUUAUAGUGGAAUGGUUUGGUGGAGAAGAAUCAUAAGGAAGGUUAUUCUCCAUCCAAAGAAGGUAACUGCAGGUAACAUAUACUUGUUACAAUCUGCAUCAGUGCGCGCUAGAAAUAAUUCGAACAGAUUUCUUCAGGAAUGCAAUAAUAUUUGCAGUUUUAUUGCUAAAUAUUGUAAUUGGUUUUAUAAAUAUCACUUUGAUACCAAUAUCUUCAUAUUUUUUUAUUUGCAGUGUUAUUGCUAAAUAUUGUAAUUGGUUUUAUAAAUAUCACUUUGAUAUCAAUAUCUUCAUAUUUUUUAUAUCAGUAGGGAAUAGAUCAACUGUUUUAGUGGGUAUAAUUGUACAUUUCAUCCGUGGGUUAACUUUAUUACAUAACUGAGCAUUUUAUGGAAUUAUCUGCUUGAAUAAAGGUAAUGGAUAACGUAACCAUUGGAAAUGAAAAUAAUUCAAAAUGUUAUUAAAUAUUUUAGAAUAAAAAUUAUGAGAUUCAUCAUUUUAGGAAGCAUAGACCAGAAUCCUUGGAAAGUGUAGUGAUUACCACUAACUUUGCUUUGCUUUCCCAUAUUAUUUACCUAUUUCACUUCUUCCUUCUGCAAGUAUUUCAAUGUUCCAUUAAAAGUGAUGGUUUAAUCAGUCACCAUAGUGAUUGGAUUUUAGACCACCAAAUUUCACUGCUCAUUAUUUGAAUGCAUAGUUCCUGCAGAACUUGUGCCGAGAACAGUGAAAGGUGCAGUACUGUUCUCUCAAUUGUGCGCAAUAGUUUUAAAAUACCUUUGGUUAGGCAAAUUAACUUCUUGUUGAUUUUAAAGUGUUUUGGUCAACUUUUAUUACAUUGUAGUUCAGGAACUUACAUAAAUAACAUAAUUGAGCCUGUCAUAAUAAUAGAUAAGGAUUGGGUUCAGCAUUAAUAAAAUUGUUCAAGGAUAAAAACUGGCUAUGUAGUGAACUUUAAUUGAAUUUGAAUGUCUGCUAGCUACUGUGUAGCUUCAAGGUUGUAAAUUAUAUCCACAAUGCCAAUAUACUGUUAAUUUGAUAAUAAAAUUGUUGAAACCAU